AUGGAGACUAACUCCUCCAGACCAUAUAAAGGAGAACUUCCAUCAGCACCACCAGAGGAGCUGAGGAUCCUUUGCUCUCAUUUCUCCUCCGUUUCACCACCUUCUCCACCUGCUCCCUCGUCUCGACGCUCCGCAAGCGCCGCUAUGAGCCAACACUUCUUCAGAUUUGGGAGUGGAAACUUCAGCUCUUCUUCUGCUCACUGUGGCCCACGGGGCGGCUGGAGAAGUUCAUUCCCUGUAAGCUACUACGAAGACAAUAGAGGAGAUAGAUACGGUGGUUAUGGGUAUGGUUAUGGCAGCAGGAGUCUCCACAACCUCGGUGGGUUCAGGAGUGUUCCCACUGGUGGAGGCUAUGAAGAAGUAGGAUAUGGAAGGUGCCUGGGGUUUGGUGGGAGGAGAUACCUCGACACGGGCUUUGGAGGAAGGGGGUAUUUCAUGGGCCCUGCUCUUGGUGCCGAAUCGGGGCUCGGCAGCGCGUGCGGAGGAGCCCUGGGCAGGAGCUGCUCCGGUGACCGCGGGGCCGGGCAGGGUCUGGGCCAGGCUGGCGUCCGCAUCGAGGGGGUCCGUGUCAACACCAACCUGCUGCGGCCAAUGCACGUUGAAGUCGACCCCGAGUUCCAGCGAGCGCGGUCAGAAGAGAAAGAGCAGAUCAAGGCUCUCAAUGACAAAUUCGCAUCGUUCAUAGACAAGGUUCAGUGUCUGGAGCGGCAGAACCAGGCGCUGGUGGCCAAGUGGGAGCUGCUGCAGCGGCAAAGCGCCCGGCCGGAGGACGCCCGGAGCGUCGCCUCCUUCUUCCAGGCGCACGUCAGCAACCUGCGGCGGCAGCUGGAGACGCUGCGGGAGCAGCGGGAGCAGCUGGACCCCGAGGCCCAUGGCCUGCUCCAGCUGGUCCAGGGCUACAAGAAGAGAUUCGAGGACGAGAUCAACAAGCACGCGUCCAAAGAAGAGGAGUUCGUGGAGCUUAAAAAGGAGCUGGACGACGCCUACAUGGGGAAAAUGGAGUUUGACGUGCGGGUGGAAAUCUUGAAGCAGCAGCUCGAGUUCCUGAGGUGCUUACACGAGGCUGAGCUCUCCCAGCUGCAAACUGUAGUCGGCAACACCGACGUCAUUCUGUCCGUGGACAACAGAGACGUGAACAUGGACGGCAUCAUAGAAGAGGUCAGGCAGGAGUACGAGGCCAUUGCGCAGAGGAGCAAGGCCGAAGUGGACGCCAUGUACCAGGGCAGGUACCGGGACCUCCAGGAGCUGUGGGUCGACCAGCGGGAGCGCGUGAGGAACAGCUACCAGGAAAUCCAGGAGCUGGCGCGGCAAAUCGAGCGGCUGCAACGAGAGAUCGAAACUGCAAGAAAACGGAACCGCAGCCUCCGGGACGGCGUGCGGGACGCGGAGCAGCGCGGGAGCGCGGCGCUCGGGGACGGGCGGCAGCAGCUCCAGGAGCUGGAGGCCGCGCUGCAGCGGGCCCGGGACGAGCUGGCAUCGCUGCUCCGCGACUACCAGGAGCUGCUCAACGCGAAGCUGGCCCUGGACAUUGAGAUCGCCAUGUACCGCUCACUCCUCGACGAGGAGGAGGCCAGGUAG